AUGGCAGCAUAUUGUUCUAUGCCAGCAGCGUUGGCAGCCGUACCAGGUCCUUCCUCGGGAUGGAUGCCACCGGUGGCAGCCCCGGUAUUCCCGGAGCACACCCGAAGCCCAGACACGGUCACAUUCCCAUUCCCUUGGCCUCGCUAUGUUCCUCCACUGCCAGGUCGGGAGAUUCCAGAAAUGCCCGUGCACACCGGCCAACACACAGUCACAUUCCCAGUCUCUGACCCUCGCAAUAUUCCUCCGCCACCGGGCCUAGAGAUUCCAGAAGUGCCUGAGCCCAGUGCUGCCAACUUACGAUUUGGCAGAGCCAGUUUUGGGCACCCACACUUUUGCACCAGACCAUGCGUGCACAUCUCCAAGAGUGGAGUGUGCCCAUCGGGAACGGAAUGCGCAUACUGCCAUUUCCCACACCGUGCUGUUUGCAAGCCAGACGGGCAGCUACGCCAGCGUCUCUUGCAUGCAAGCGACCAGCAGCUUCUCGCGACUUUCCUGCCCUUCAUCUUCAAGAAGGCGGCGAUUGAAGGCCUCCUUCCGCGCGUUGGCUACUUGCUCCAGCUGCUCGAGGCGGAAGUCUACGAACCGCAAUCCGAGGCCGUUCCCCUUGGGAAGUUUCGGCCGAUGAGGAUGUCAUUCAUGCAUCUCCUUGAGAGCUGCAUGCGCCGGCUACCUCCUCAUAUCCGAGCCGAAGUAAAUCGUAUCAAAUCGGAGCUCCCUCCUCCCAUUGUCACGCAUGGCGGAGCGGGACCAUCUCUCUUGCUGUAG